AUGAUUCCAAUCCCAGACAAUCUUGAAUAUGCGGUAGAUCCAGACUUCUGGGGUCUCUCCCUUAACCUGGAAGACGAGGAACAACACGUGCCCAAGACUAUCAACACCUAUAUUGCCUGGUUGCAGGAGUGUUAUGAUCUCCACGACUGCGAAGGAGAAGAUCUAUGGAACACUUUUUGGGAGGAUUUUGAAGGAUUUACACUUGAUCUCUUUAAGGUAGCGACCCGGCCAGCUGUCAGAGGCCUGCGCGACUACCUGCCAUCUGCAGGAGCUCUAUCAUACGCACACGUACUGUAUGAGUGCCUUCACGAAGAAACUCAGGCAGAUUGGACAGAGGAAGCCUUGGAAAACAAAGCUAAAGUAAUCAAGAAAUGGGAGGAUCUGCGAGCCAAGAUUUAA